CUGAUGAGCCAAGUAUCAUGAAGUAUGUCAAAAUUGCUGCUACAUUGAUGAUAAAAAUGUUCGCGAUGUUGCUUUGAGGUGUAGGUGGAUGACUAGAAAGCGAAGGAAACCAGAAGAGCACAUGGUAAAGAAGUUCAACAAUAGGAAGGAUAAGCCGGUGGAGUCAUCAUCAAAGCAAUAUUUGCAGUCAGCUCUAACACCAAGGCCAAGCAUGGCCACAUACUCUUGUAUGUCAAACAAUUUGGGCAAAAGUCAUCGGAUACUAUAUGAUGGAAUUUGUGGUCCUGUGAAGCAACUCUUGGAGCAAAAUGCUCAAGCUUUUGGUCAAAUCACUGCCAAUUUAUCUACUUUAAAGUUGCAGGAUAACAUCCAUCUCUUCAGUCACACAUGGCGCAAUAUUAGUACCAUUUUUAAUGACAUGAGAGAGAUGCCUGGCAUAAUGAGCCAAAUGCCUCCACUUCCUGUUUCCAUUAACGAGGACCUCGUGAGUAGUAUAUUGCCUAAUAAAACUUAGCAAAUUGAUGACUGCAUGAAGAUUGCCUACUCAAAAUGCAUCAAUGUAGAGAGUUUGGCAUUUUUAUGUGGAAGUUUUAGCUUCAAAUGUGUUACUGGCUUACUGCUACAUGUGAUUGAGGAGCCACACCUCAACCGUUAUCACACUAUCUCAGGACUUUCCACAGUUUCUAGUCCAACUUUGAUCUUACUGCUCUAUUAUUUUUUUUCUUAUUUGAAGGAAAAUUUGCACUUCUGUUGUAUAAAUCAAACAUUUUCGUUGCCACAAAAAAAAAAAAGGAAAAAGAAGAUAGGAAAGCAUAUUUACCCUCCAUUGGUUUUGGAUUAUUGGUGAUUCUAUCAUGGCAUAGGAACUGCUGUAGAUCUAUGAUGCUUGCUAGUACGCCAUGGUUAUUAGCUGUUUUGUAAUAUGUAAAGGGAAAUCAUUAUUUUCAUUAUUUCUUGGUUGUACAUGAGUGAAACAAAACAGUGUCAUUUGCAAUUUGUGGAACUACCUAGCUGCUAACAGCUUCUAUCUUUAGGGAUCAACCGUUUAAUUGAUACCCAUUUUGGAUGUUACAUGUAUGGUUUUGACAUGCUUA